AUGGCCCACAAGGCAUCGGAGCAGGAGAUAAGCCAGUCAGUGCUUGGUUUUGUAACGGAAGGCAUCUACCCAACAUCUGAGAAUGUCAUUGUCGCGGAGUUUCCAGUAUCUGCUCUCGCAAAAGAGUUAGAGCUUAUAUCAAAGGCAAGGGAGGAAGUGGAGGCGGAGAUCACUGCACUGAGCCGAGACAAUGACUUCGAUGCCGAUGGGUGGAUUUCGCAAGCAAAACAGCUUCAUGUUGACAUUGAGCGAUCUCGUGUCACUGCGAGGGAGAUUGUCGCGCAGCAUGAAAAUACAAACCCUUUACAAUUGAAGGUUGAAGAUGCCGCUGCCAAGUUCCAAUUGGUUGAAACCGAAAUCGCAUUCAACCAAGCUGUAACGUACACACUUGAAGAGGUACAACGACUAUGUCAGCGACUCGAUGCUGGGCGGGACAUCCUCGGAGAGGGUCAAGUCAUGGACGCAAUCAAAACAUUAGAAGCGACCGAGCAAGCCAUUAAAAAAGACAAUCUCUUUUCAAACACAACUGUCAUGCAUGUAUUAUUAGGAAAUGUCAGCGAACUGCGGAGGGAAAUUGCGGAGUACCUCCGUGGUCGCUGGAGGAAGCAGUUGAACGUUGACAGAAAGGCGAGUGUUUUGACACUUUUGAAUGACAAUGGUAAGCAAUUCUCCCAGACCUGGAUCUGGAAACUUUUAUUGAACAAAACAGGGUAUCCAUUGGAAGAAACUAUCGCGGCUCUGGUCCACCUUGAUAUGCUCGCGUUGUGCAAAAAUAAGUUCGAGAAGGACUUAAUUGCCACCCUUUUCGAGCCUAUUCUACUGCCCGGAAUUGAAGGACAAAGCCGUGGCGUCCAGGUCGGAGAGGCAUCAAUUCGAGUAGAAUCCCAACCAUCGAAGGCAUCAGUGCCUGAGGUUUUGGACCGCCUCGCCACAGUCUUGGGCUUCCUACGCCAACACCUUCCAGCAACAAUCUCGGACUCAUUUUCGAGUUCCCUCAUCCCAACACUCUCGUCGAAGGUCAUCUCCUACUGGCUGUCUUCUGCCAUACCCACAGAGCUUGAAGGUCUGAGUAUGUUCGAAAAUAUCUUGAACCAUGUUUUAAAGUUCACAAAUACGAUCGAAACAUUCGGGUGGCGGGGGUAUGAGGAACUUGUUUCUUGGGUCAAUCAGGCCCCUCGUUUAUGGCUCACUAGGCGUCGAGUGGAUUCACUGGACCAAGUUCGCAAAGUCCUGGCCGUGAGCCAAGGUACCACGAAGCAGGUAGAACGUGUCGAAAAAGAGGAGGUUUCUGGUAAGGAUGAGGUUCUACUGGAGAAUACGACUGAUGAUUGGGAUGCUGGCUGGGAUGACGACAACGAACAUGAGACCACAGCGAAGCAUUCUGGAAAUAAAGAAGACGAAGAGGAUGUCAGCGCAUGGGGUCUGGAUGAUGAUACCGAAGAGAACACAACUGAAACAAAACCUGAUUUACCUGCUGAAGAUGACGCUGCCGAUGCGUGGGGCUGGGGAGACGAAGAUGAGGAAGAGCAACUCGAUGGCGCACAGGUUAAAAGUACAAAUGUGGGCAAAUCUGUCAACGGGAAAGAUUCAUCACAUCAUACCUCUCCACGGGAGGUCACACUGAAAGAGCAGUACACCGUAACCGACAUACCCGAUUCUAUCCUCAAAAUCAUUCAGCAGCAAAUCGAAGACUCUGAAGCUAUAUCCCAGCCAACACAUUCCCACUCCCGCGUUGUUUCCUCUGGUGCAGGCUUACUUGCGCUUCCGACCUUGAUACUCGCCAUGUUCAAGGCCACGGCGUCAUCGUUCUACGGUCUUAAACUCAACUCAGGGCAAAUGUACCUAUACAAUGACAGCUUGUAUCUUGCUGACAAAGUGCGCAAUCUUUCAGAGGAACAUCAGCUCUCCAGGCUCCAUGCUGAUAUCGAUGCGCUCGAGAAGUGCGGCAAAUUCGCUUACAGCAAAGAGAUGCAAACGCAGCGCACCAUUGUCACAGACCUGCUGGACGGUGCACAAGGCUUUAGCCAAUGUUCUGAGCAACCAUUCCUGGGAGAAUGUGAAAAUGCCGUCAGUGCAACUGUUGACAGAAUCCAUGACGUCUACAAGGAAUGGCAACCAAUCCUGUCACAUUCCGCACUACUUCAGUCUGUUGGUUCUCUGGUUUCGACAGUUAUCAACAAGAUCAUCAUCGAGAUUGAAGAAUUAGGUGAUAUAUCGGAGGCUCAGUCCCAACAGCUUGUAAUAUUCUGCAACCAAGUCUCUAAGCUGGAAGAUCUGUUCAUGCCAGAGACAGCGGAUGAUCAUGCACGUGUACCGAUGACCGCUGUCUACGUGCGACACUGGCUGAAAUUCCAGUAUCUUAUCAACAUAUUGGAAAGUUCGUUGGCCGACAUUAAGUUCCUCUGGCAAGAAGGCGAACUACGUUUAGAAUUCUCGGCUGAUGAAGUGGUUGAUCUUAUCAAGGCUCUUUUCGCUGAGUCUGACUACAGGCGGAAGGCAAUUGCAGAGAUUCGACGAAAUCUCCAGUUCCAUUUGUGCUUUUACGGUCCCAAAAUGAGCGAGGGCACAAAUCCCACUUCGGCUGCGGCCUCUGCGCAGAGGCAGGUUCGUGUGCAGCUCACUAGCAAACAAGAAGACAUUGCACUACCUGAGAAUACCGGCCCGAUUCUCGUUCCCACAGGUCUUCGAAGAUAUGCACUCUCGACGUUGGUGAACAAUCUCCUUGGCAAUGAUAAGCCAAUUCCAUUCGAAUUUUUGAUCAACGGGUCUUUCCUCCGAACUUCGAUCGAUGAAUACCUGACUGCCAAUGGUAUCUCUGCGGAAACUACUCUAGAAAUCGAAUAUGUGAGAGCCUUGAUUCCACCUCUGCAUAUUGCAUCGUUUGAGCAUGACGACUGGGUAAGCUCGGUUGAUGUGCUUUCCACGACCUCGCCCGCCGCUUCUUUGGCCUCUGCAACAAUUGCUGCGGGUCAAGAAAGGAUCCUCUCUGGCAGCUAUGAUGGUCUGCUUCGAGUGUGGAAUAUGUCGUCUCAGAUAGUUGCAACCUCUCCAUCUGCCGCUGAUGGUGGUCAUACCGCCUCUAUCAAAGCCGCCAAGUUCAUUUCCCCAAAUUCGAUUGUUUCCGCAGGUCUCGACCGAACAGUGCGUCUGUGGAAGUAUUCUGAGGAUGGGGAUGGUUUCUCGGGCAAUAUAGUGCCUCAGCUCGAGUUGUAUGGGCAUGAGGGUCCUAUCAACUCAUUGUCUGUACAUGCGCCUUCGAAUCGCAUACUUUCCGCCUCGUCAGACCACAGCAUAGGCUUCUGGUCAACCAAGAAAUCAGAUGCACCAGCCGCUCCAGAGGAUCUAUUGCCAUCUGCUGCCUUGAGGAGCUCCAAGAGGAGAAAGCUGAAUUCGUCUGUGACCACCCCGCAACGUGGAUCCCUGGCACUCUUGUCUUCCCACACUGCGCCUGUGUCGGCUGCGAUCUUCGACUCUAAUGAUUCUACUGUCGGUUAUUCAGCUUCUUGGGACCAUUCUCUGCGUACAUGGGAUCUUGUGACUGCUACACUUGUGGAUACUCGGACAACAGCUCACUCACUGCUCUCACUUGAGCACCUCCCUGAACACCACCUGCUCGCCGCAGGAACAUCCGCUCGCCAUAUCACCCUAAUCGACCCUCGGGUGUCAGCAACUACAAUUGCGGCCAUGACUCUGCGAGGCCACACAAACGCAGUUGUCUCGUUGGCUCGUGAUCCUAAGAGUUCCUAUGGUCUCAUUAGUGGAAGUCAUGAUGGUACAUGUCGGAUUUGGGAUAUCCGGGCCACGAAGACAGACAAGGAUGGUGUGGUUGGGGAGAGUGUAUAUUCCAUUUCCCGCAAGAGUCUGGAAGAACAAGGUAAAUCUGAGGCCAAGCGUGUCGGUGGAGAGGGCGUCAAAGUUUUUGGUGUGGCCUGGGAUGGAACAGUAGGCAUUGUCAGUGCCGGUGAGGACAAGAGGAUCCAGAUCAAUCGGGGCGAAGGCGUCUUAUCUUCUGCGUAG